GAAGUAGCAUGUAGCAUGUAGCAUAACUUUUGUUUCGUCGCAGGUAGCAUAAUAGUCGGUUUGUUUUGAGGCACGUUUUACUGACAUGUACGUAGCUUGACUGAUUUUGUGAUGCAUCCACCGGUCAUUGCAAGUCUCUCUGGCCUGUGUCGAGUCAGCGAGCAUCUUUAUGUGAGUAACGGCAGAGCGGCGAGUCGCGCUUGUCUGCUGAUUGCCAACAACAUCACGUGCGUCAUUAACGUGACGGAGAGCGACCGCGACCGCCCCGUUCUUCACGGUGUGGAGUACAUCCACAUUCCCCUGUCCGACUCACCGUCUGCUCCCCUCGGCGACCACUUCGACGAGGUGGCUGAUCAAAUCCAGCACGUAGCGCGGCAUGGCGGCCGCACGCUGGUGCACUGCAACGCGGGCGUGAGCCGCUCAGCUACGCUCUGCAUGGCUUUUCUAGUCAAGCACCACGGCGCCACCCUGGUGGAGGCCCACGCCAGGCUCAAGGCCUGUCGGCCCAUGGCGAGGCCCAAUAACGGCUUCUGGAAGCAACUUAUCCGCUACGAGGAGCAGCUUCGCGGCAGCACGACUGUCCGAAUGGUGUCGUCGUCCAUGGGCGAGAUACCUGAUGUGUAUGAAGAGGAGGCCAGAAAUAUGAUGCCACUGUGACAAGCUGCUGCUGCUGCUCCUGUGUGGGGAACUAACUCUUCAGUGUCGGGACUGAUGGUCAUCGUUUACUCCAGACUCAUUAGCGACACUUUCAAAAUAUAAGAACUGCAUUAAAAUGUACUUUCAAAAAAAAAAAAAAAUGCUUGCCUUGGUAUUGACACUUAUCAAUUGGGAAUUUUAACAUGAUGCAUUGAGCUGCUGCAAACCUAGAAAAAUUCACGGCCUCCAAAUUUAUGAGUUUCCAUAUUUUCAAAAUUUUGUCAAGAACAUUACCUUGCGAUAGUCAUAAUCAUAUUAUAGCUUCGAUAUUUGUCAUUUUAAUGUUUUUAUUACAUCAACCUUGUAAUGGCGGACACAGUUGCAGCCUGAAUCAAAGUACCACUAUAUGAGAUUAUUACAUUCCGUCAUCAAAAAUAGGGGUCUAUGGAUUAAUUUGCAUUUUACCCAUUCUGUUUCGAACCCUGGUAACAAAAAAAGCAAGUCUACUAAAGCAGAUUAAUCAGAUCUCAAACAUCAAAAUUAAAACUCAGCACUCUAAAAAACAGUGCUGAUAGAUUGAUUUGGACAGUUUAUGUGGACAAUAGUCUGUUUCUAUUUCGUCCAAUGUACUUCUUGUAUGUCUUCUCUUGCGUGCUAUUUAUAUAACAUUUCUGAUAGCCACAAUUGCUGCUGAAAUGAUGCAAAUUUCCCCAUUGGACUAAUAGUGAUAUCACAAAUAUUUUAUAUACCUUUAACCUGCCCACCUUCUUAAGUGGUGUGUGCAGUGUGGUACUAAUUAACUUCAAGUUCAGAUCCUGUGUGGGUGUACAUUAUUUUACAUUUAUAUCUAUAAACAUGCAUUAAUUGGCUUGUUAUUUUGUUGUUCAAAGUUGGUGACUCGCCAUAAAAACGCAGUUCCAGCCAGACCUAUGUGACAAAGUGUUCUGUAUCACCAAAUUACUUUCAUCGAUGUUUUGCGACUGCGAACGACAGCUUGGCAAUUAUCGUGACUUAAUAUUCUGUAACAUUUGACAGCUCGCGUUUGGUUUCUGCUUUGUCCGAUUAUCAGUUGUAAAGGCUGAAUUGUUCAGAAGGUUGUCCAACUGUUACAAGCGCUCUCAAUUCAUUGCAGAAAUAACCACAACCUACUUUUAUGAUCAUGCUUUCCUUUGUGAGGUAAUAUGAUGUGGGUGACGGGGGGGAAAACUCCAUACUCCAUCACUUUAAAGUACUCAAAAACCAUUUAUUUCAUCAUAGACAGCAAGAUGUUCCAAAUAUUUUGGCCAGAUAACAGUAAUCACACAGAUUAGAAUUUUUCUUCAUAAAUUAUGACCACUGCCAUUGAGAAAGUAUUCCUUUCAAUACAUCAAUGUCAAAUUGAAUACAAUACAGUGAAGCACUUUAUUUGGCAGACACAAGUUUAAAAAAAAAAAAAAAAACUUAUUAUUCCCCGUCAUUCAUGUUUUUUCCAAAGGUGCUACCACCUUUGAA